ACGAUAAGUGUCGAAACAAAGCUACCGUUCCAAGCAAAGGAAACAUAGGUUCCUUUCCAAUAACAGUUCUGCAGUUCUGUGAGAGAUUUAACAGAUGCACAUCUCUAGUUGCGGUUGAGCCCUGCGCCUUGUGCGAAUUCACAAGAAUACAAAACAGCACUGUGAGAUCCCUCACCACACACAUUCCUGCUACAAAAUCCUUUCCUUCAGUUACAACCAAGGUACAGGUUUCCUUGUGGUCAGUCAUUGCUUCUGUGGCUGGCAAGUGCCUAAGCAUUCUUGCAGGUGACCCUGUAAAGUGGUGUUGUGUAGAGGAAGAGCGACAGAAGAAUCCAUUGUGAAAGGUUUAACUUUGGAUGAGGUGAAGGACCUGUUCUUCAGGAGAGAGAAUCAUUUUCCCCUGACCAUCACCAACAACCAUGUCUAUGUACCUCCACCACAUGGACUACACCUUUCAAGAAGGCAGCCUGCCAUGUUCUCAUGAGCAAUUAGGGUUGAGGAAUAAAUGCUGGCCUUGCCAGCAAUAUUCACACCCCACGAAUAAAUAAUGACGUCUUAAUCAGCUCGUGCAGCUGGGUAGACCUUCCUUUCAAAGAACGGAAACCUGAUACUGGGGAAAGAUGUUAGUUAAUGAAUCCAGUCAAUGCCCAGAAAAACACUGGGAGGAGGAGUUUCAUAUGAAACUGUACGCAGCUGUCUACGGAAUAAUCGUUAUUCCUGGCUUUUUGGGCAACAGUGUGGCCUUGUGGGUUUUAUUUGGAAACAUCAAAAGAGAGAAGAAGGCAGUGAUAUUCAUGACAAACCUAGCCAUUGCUGACCUGGCACACAUGUUGUCCUUGCCCCUGAGAAUCUUUUACUACACAUUUCAUACCUGGCCAUUUGGAAAAUUCAUGUGCUUGUUCUGCUUCUACCUAAAGUUUCUCAACAUGUAUGCGAGUAUCUUAUUUUUAGUCUGCAUCAGCAUCCAGCGCUGUGUAUUCCUUAUCUGCCCCUUCAAAUACAGUAGCUGGAGACGUAGGUAUGACGUAGGCCUAUGUAUUAUUGGAUGGGUGUUCGUUAUCCUCAUGUGCCUGCCAUUCCCCAUGAUGCGGAACACGGACACAUUCAACAGCACACUUUGUUUUGCAUCUCUUCCCAUGAAGCAUGUCAACCUGGGAUCUUCCAUAGCUAUGCUCAUGGCAGCAGAACUCCUGGGUUUUGUGGGGCCCAUCAUCAUCAUUAUUCUCUGUACCUGGAAGACUGCACAGUCAUUAAAGAAGAAUAGAAUAGUGACCAACAACCAAGGUGGAAGAAGGGCUUUAAAGCUGGUCUUGAUGUGUGCAAUCGUGUUCCUAGUUUGCUUUGCUCCCUAUCAUAUAUUCUUCCUAUUGAACCAGCUGACAUGGUUAGAAGUCAUUACCGACUGCACCAUGCAGAAGAAUAUCCGGAUCCUGCAUUCAGUGACAUUGUGCUUGGCUAGCAUGAAUGCCUGCUUGGACCCUUGCAUCUACUAUUUUGUCACUGCUGAGUUCAGAGAGCAGCUUUCACGGACAAGCAGCUUCCUUGUAAGGAGCCGGCACUUGAGCAGAGAUAGCACCAUGAGUCGAUAAUCUCCACAAUGUUCAGAUACAUCAGACAAACAAUUUGGGAUUAGUCCUAUCCACUGAUCUGUCGUGCAACCAUUCACCAUUGGGCAUUCUAGACAUUAUUGGAUCAGAAGUCAUUGUAAUGGCACAUCUCACAGCGAGUGAUGUUUAGCGUACCAUUCAUUUUCCAGCAAUUGUUGAUCCAUUUCUUCCAAGCUACCAGAAAUGCUAACAGCAGAGGCUGCAGUGACCAGCAUAUAUUCACCAGUCAUGUUCGAACAAUUUCUUACUUCCCUUAAAUUGUGUAUUUUACUUUACCUGCCAAGCAAAGAGUCAGGAUGCAUUUUCUACCACAUUUACCCACAAGGACAAACGUUUGCAUUGCAGCUUUCCUUCAAACACCUGUACAGUGAUUGUACCCAAUUAUUCACAAUAGGGAUUACCGAUGCUUUUCUCAACAACAUAUUAUUGCCCACAACCCACACAAAGGUCUGUAAGCAAUGAUGCACUCAUUCUGGUUGGAAAAUGAUAGAAAUAACAGGUAAUAGUGAUCAUUUCUAAAGGAAAACAAAUGGGACUGGUGAUAUUUGUGCAGGGUAUUAAUGUGCAAUGUGUAGGCUGCAGGUUUUCUGCUUCAGUUCAUAAGAGCUCCGAACUGAUUCAAUGCUGGUGACACUCACAGAGGAGAAAGUCAGUUUUGCACUGUUUAAAGCAGUGUCAAGUAUUUUACUCCAAAAGCAAAAAAUAUUGCUAAUUGGAAAUCCGACAUCUGAAAAAUUGAGGAUUUAACUUGUUCGCUGGAGCUUUUUUUCAUAGUCAUGUGUGUUUGGGGUUAAAUAUGCCUCUACAGUCAUAAGGAACUUCCCUCCCAUUUGAGGGCAUGUAGUUGUGGAAAUGAAAAUAUUCAUGUAGCAAUGAAAUGUUGAAGUAAACCAAAAAAUGUAGCUAUUUCUAGUUUGCUGAAUUGUCUUGCUGUUGCCAUUUUGUACCCAGCUAACGAGUGCCAGCAUGUCUGAUCAAUGACACUAGCACAAGCUAUUUCGAACCUUGUGCAGAAAGAUUCCAGUUCAGCUUGAUCGACGAGAAAGUCAGCACACACAAUAAAGGGUCAAUUCAUAACUGCUCCUCCAAUAGGAGUACGCCAUUUAGCCACUCGAGCAUGUUCUAGCAUUCAUUUCGAUCUGUGCUUAAAUUUAUCAAACUUUGCUUCAUGUCCCUUAAUACUUCUUGCCUAAUAAAAAUCUGUUUAUCAUU